GCAGGCCGGGCUAGAGGCUGCGGGGGACGACUCCAAGUUCCCACCCGGGACAUCCUGAACAGCAGCAGCCGCAACAACAGGCUCGCCCCCAGACAAAGGGGCCGGCGCGGCAGCGGAGCAGACCGGGGUAGCCGCGGAGCAGACGGGGCAGCCGGGCCGCGCCUGGAGUGCUGGGGGUCGGGGCCACGGAGUGGACAGAGCUGACCCGGCGCGGGUCGGAGUCAGGGCGCCCGGAAAACCCGGCUCUGGGGAGCACACCCCGCCCGGGCUGGCUCGGCGCCGGGCCUUCGGGCUUCCACACAGUCUUUGACCCUCCGUCCUCACUCCGCGGCCCCACAGGCCGCGUAACUGUAACCGCUGCCCCGGCCGCCGCCCGUUCGUUUUUGGGCCGGCGGGCACAGAGCACGGCGCAGCGGGGCCGGCGGCAUGGCUGUGUCCUGGAGGAGCUGGCUCGCCAACGAAGGGGUUAAACACCUCUGCCUGCUCAUCUGGAUCUCCAUGAAUGUCCUGCUUUUCUGGAAAACCUUCUUGCUGUAUAACCAAGGGCCAGAGUAUCACUACCUCCACCAGAUGUUGGGGCUAGGAUUGUGUCUAAGCAGAGCCUCCGCAUCUGUUCUUAACCUCAACUGCAGCCUUAUCCUUUUACCCAUGUGCCGAACGCUCUUGGCUUACCUCCGGGGGUCACAGAAGGUUCCAAGCAGGAGAACCAGGAGAUUGUUGGAUAAAAGCAGAACAUUCCAUAUUACCUGUGGUGUUACUAUCUGUAUUUUCUCAGGCGUGCACGUGGCUGCCCAUCUGGUGAAUGCCCUCAGCUUCUCAGUGAAUUACAGUGAAGAUUUUGUUGAACUGAAUGCAGCAAGAUACCGAGAUGAGGAUCCUAGAAAACUUCUCUUCACAACUGUUCCUGGCCUGACAGGGGUCUGCAUGGUAGUGGUACUGUUCCUCAUGAUCACAGCUUCUACAUAUGCAAUAAGAGUUUCUAACUAUGAUAUCUUCUGGUAUACUCAUAACCUCUUCUUUGUCUUCUACAUGCUGCUGAUGUUGCAUGUUUCAGGAGGACUGCUGAAGUAUCAAACUAAUUUAGAUACCCACCCUCCCGGCUGCAUCAAUCUUAACCGAACCAGCUCUCAGAAUAUUUCCUUACCAGAGUAUUUCUCAGAACAUUUUCAUGAACCUUUCCCUGAAGGAUUUUCAAAAUCAGAAGAGUUCGCUCAGAACACAUUUGUGAAGAUUUGUGUGGAAGAGCCCAGAUUCCAAGCUAAUUUUCCACAGACUUGGCUUUGGAUUUCUGGACCUUUGUGCCUGUACUGUGCUGAAAGGCUUUACAGGUAUAUCCGGAGCAAUAAGCCAGUCACCAUCAUUUCCGUCAUAAGUCAUCCCUCAGAUGUCAUGGAAAUCCGAAUGGUCAAAGAAAAUUUUAAAGCAAGACCUGGCCAGUAUAUUAUUCUACAUUGUCCCAGUGUAUCUGCAUUAGAAAAUCAUCCAUUUACCCUCACAAUGUGUCCUACUGAAACCAAAGCAACAUUUGGGGUUCAUCUUAAAAUAGUAGGAGACUGGACAGAACGAUUUCGAGAUUUACUACUGCCUCCAUCUAGUCAAGACUCUGAAAUUCUGCCCUUCAUUCAAUCUAGAAAUUAUCCCAAGCUGUAUAUUGAUGGUCCUUUUGGAAGUCCAUUUGAGGAAUCACUGAACUAUGAGGUCAGCCUGUGCGUGGCUGGAGGCAUCGGAGUAACUCCAUUUGCAUCAAUACUUAACACCCUGCUGGAUGACUGGAAACCAUACAAGCUUAGACGACUAUACUUUAUCUGGGUAUGCCGAGAUAUCCAGUCCUUCUGUUGGUUUGCAGACUUACUCUGUGUGUUGCAUAACAAGUUUUGGCAAGAGAACAGACCUGACUAUGUCAACAUCCAGCUGUACCUCAGUCGAACAGAUGGGAUACAGAGAAUUGGAGAAAAAUAUCACAUACUGAAUUCAAGACUUUUUAUUGGACGUCCUCGGUGGAAACUUCUGUUUGAUGAAAUAGCAAAAUGUAACAGAGGGAAAACAGUUGGUGUUUUCUGUUGUGGGCCCAAUUCACUAUCCAAGACUCUUCAUAAGCUGAGUAACCAGAACAACUCAUAUGGGACAAGAUUUGAAUACAAUAAAGAGUCUUUCAGCUGAAAAUCCUUGCCAUGAAGCAGGACUUUAAGGAAGGAAUGAGUGCAAUUUCUAAGACUUUGAAACUCAGUGGAAUCAAACAGCUGUGUUAUGCCAAAGAGUAGCAAGGUUUUCUUAUUUAUGAUUAUUUAAAAUGGAAGUGUGAGAAUGUGGCAAGAUGAGUGGUCACAUUACAUGUUUAAUCUGGAAACCAAAGAGACACUGAAGAAUAUUUGAUGUGAUGAUUCACUUCUCAGUUCUCAAAUUAAAGGAAAACUAUUAGAUGCACACUGUUGAUUUUUAUGGUGGAUUUAAGAACUCCCUAGUGAGGAGCUGAACUUGCUCAAUCUCAGGCUGAUCAUCUUGUUCCUCUUUAUAUUGUUUUUGGUUGCACAAAUGCAAGAUUGAACAAAAUUAAAAAUUCAUUGAAGCUCAAAUUCCAUUUUCUAUGUUGUAUAUAAACAGAGUAGCUUUAACUUGCAAGCACUCCAGGCAAAUAUAUUAGAUGUUUGAAAACACAGCACAAGACUCUGUACUGAUACGGGUACUUUGUGUCAAUAUCUAAUUGUCUCUACUAUUUAUGCUAAUACCUCUAUUUGAUAUCUGUAGACUAUAUGCUAACUGAACCUUCCUCAAAUGUUGUUAUAGUAUCCAAUUAUAUAUUUUUUUUCUUUUUAUUCCUCUCUCUAGGGAAAUAUGCCUUCCCUUAGCAUGCAUUAGACAUAAUGAUUUAAUAAGUCCUUUUCAUCUUUAAUUUAUUUAAUCUAUCACUAUUGCAUGGAAAGGAAAAUAUCCCUACUAUAAAUUAUAAAGACAUAUAUAUACUGAGUUUUUCCUUUUUCAGCAUUUUUGUCUUUAUUAUUAUUAUUUCAUUUUUUUCACAGGUACGAUUUGUCUUAGGCUGUAUCCUCUUAGGAUACUUAGUUAAUUUGCACUUUGAGACCAAAGGACAUUAUGUCUGUCGGUAGGCACUGAAUAUAAGAUUUAUCUCCUUUGUCACACAUUGGUUUAUGAUGGAUAUAUUGAAAGUAUAGUCAUAUUCCUGAACAGUAAAACCUGUAUUUUACCUUCUACAUAAAAGGAAAUACAGUAUUCUUAUUCAAAUUUAAGUUUAUAAUCCAGAAUAUUAUUGUUGCACUUUUUGGUAUCCUGAGCUUCCAUAGGGAACUAUUGGGUUUAAAGUCACUGUUGGAACUACACUGUGUGAUCUUAUCAUUUUCUGUUCCCUGUCUAUCAUAUUCUUGGCUCAGAACAAUAUUCCCCAUUACUAUCUUAAGAAUUAAGGGAUUCGUAUGAUUUAGUGAUUUUGUUUGGGAGUCAACUGUCAAUUUCUAUCAAAUAUAACACAUUGCUGAAAUCAGCAGUGUGACUUGCCUUGCCAUUGUUAAAUUGUUACAUAAAACAUAACAUGGUAGAUGCAACUGUCAUUUUUUGCUAUAAUUCAUCAAUAGCAAUCAAGCAUGCUAACCCAUAUUGAAUGAUAUUUACUUGUUGGUAUUUCUUCCUCUCCCUGGAGUUCUCAUUUCUUUGGAAAGAAGAUGAAUCCACAAAAGUGAUGGGAAAUGUGCAAUGUUCAUACAGAUUUAGCUCUGAAGGCAUAUUUAAUAAUAAGUACGUCUUGACAACAUUUUCUAGAUUAAAAAGAAUUUUCAUGAAAAUGUGUAACAGAAAGAACUAGUAGAAAGAAACUUUGAGUUAGUCCAGGCUUAAUGUCCAAUACUGACUCUAUACUGAUCAUACUUUAUGUGAUUACAUUAAUGUAUCUAAUUUCAAUAAAACAGGUAGAAGAUUUUUCAAAAGAAAGAUGAUGUUUCAAAGCCAGUCUGCUGUUCUAGAUGAACCUCCUGGCUUAUUUAAGUUCCAGUAGGUGUUCAAAUGUUAAAUGUUAACAUAGGUCAUUUUUGCUUCUACAGCGCUUCCUUCAUCUUGCAUGUUUAAGAGAAAUUUGUUUUAUUUUGAGGAAUUAUUUCUCUGGGGACAGUUCUUAAAAUAUAAGCCUUAAAGUCACUGAUUUUAUUAGCAAUAAAUGUUAAAAUUGAAA